CAUUUAUUUUCUCAUCUGUGAGGAAUCUGAAGCAGCAACCAACAACUUCCUAAAAAAGAAAGGCAGUCUUGAACACUUCAAGUAAGAAAAAAAAAAUGGCUUUGAAUUUCAAUCCUAUCGCUUCUCAAUCUCAGAAACUCCCUUCUUUUGCUCUUCCACCAAUGGCCAGCCUCCGAUAUCCCAAGGUUUGUUGCAUGGUCUCCACUCUUCCUCCUAGCUCCAAACAGGCUGAGAGUCUCAAAAGGUCUUUCAUGCCUUCUAAACCAGUGCAUGGUCAGGUCUCCCACUCCAUGCCACCUCAGAAGAUUGAGAUAUUUAAAUCUUUGGAUGACUGGGCUAGGAAGAACAUUCUAAUUCAUCUCAAACCAGUUGAGAAAUGUUGGCAACCCAAGGAUUUUCUUCCAGAUCCUGCCUCUGAUGGAUUUGAUGAUCAAGUCAAAGAACUUAGAGAAAGGGCAAAGGAGAUUCCAGAUGAGUACUUUGUUGUUUUGGUUGGUGAUAUGAUCACGGAGGAAGCCCUUCCAACUUACCAGACAAUGCUUAAUACCUUAGAUGGAACUCGUGAUGAAACUGGUGCUAGCCCUACUGCUUGGGCAACUUGGACGAGGUCAUGGACAGCAGAAGAAAACAGGCAUACUGAUCUACUUAACAAGUAUCUCUACUUGUCUGGAAGAGUGAACAUGAGGCAAAUUGAGAAGACACUCCAGUAUUUGAUUGGAUCAGGAAUGGAUCCCGGUACAGAGAAUAAUCCUUAUCUUGGAUUUAUCUACACAACAUUCCAAGAAAGGGCAACUUUUAUCUCCCAUGGGAAUACAGCCAGGCUAGCUAAGGAGCAUGGGGACAUUAAGUUGGCUCAACUAUGUGGGUCGAUUGCCUCAGAUGAAAAGCGCCAUGAGACAGCAUAUACUAAAAUUCUCGAAAAGCUUUUUGAGAUUGAUCCUGAUGGAGCAGUCCUGGCCUUUGCUGACAUGAUGAAGAAGAAAAUCACCAUGCCAGCCCAUUUGAUGUAUGAUGGCCAAGAUGGUAACCUUUUCGAGCACUACUCAUCUGUUGCACAAAGAAUUGGGGUUUACACUGCGGAGGACUAUGCUGGUAUAGUAGAGUACCUGGUGGACAGAUGGAAGGUGAAGGAGCUUACUGGACUUUCAGCUGAUGGGCGUAGAGCUCAGGACUACGUGUGUGGACUUCCUCCAAGAAUUAGAAGGCUGGACGAGAGAGCUCAAGAAAGGGCCAAGGAAGCACCCAGUAUUCCAUUCAGUUGGAUUUGUGAUAGAGAAGUCAAGCUCUAAGCCCUAAGGUCUGAAGAAGAAAUAUCAAUUUCCCUCUCCUCCAAGUGUCUUGUCAUUCAAGAAAAAACGGAGGUAGAGAGAAACAUGAUGAAGCUGCAACUUCUCUUUAAAUUCCAAUAUAAUAUAAUAAGAGGUGGAACUGUUAGGUGGGGUGUGUGUGGCUUUGGUUGGGGGUGUUGAACAGUUGUUUGUGUGUGUGUGGCUUUGGUUGGGGGCGUAGAUGCAGCUGUUUCUGUGUGUGUGCUCUUUUCCUUCUAAAAGUCUUAUGCAAACUACGAACAUGAACUUUUCCUCCUAUGUGUUGAAACCUUCACCGCCAUUACUAUGACAGAUGGUAUCUAAGCAACAGAACCACAUAAACCUCAUAAAAAUAUGAUGACAUGGUUCAUCAAAGAUGUCAAGAUAAAAUCAAGCCUUCAUGUUAUGAUGAGAUG